AUAGCUGAGAACAACCUCCUACUUUCCCUCAUAGCUCUCACUUUCAAACAUCUCAUUUAGAAAACCUCAUCUCCUACUCCAUCUACCAUCUCUCUUAUUCUCCUCAAACUGAGUGAGAGAGAGAGAGAGAGCAAUGGCAGAAGAAUGGGAGUCAUCCAAAGUGUACCCAAGGGUAGUGACAACACUCUCUUCUCUUCUCCAAAGAGUAGUAGAGAUCAAUGAAUCAUCAUCAUCAUCAUCAACAACAACAAAACCAUUACUAUCAGUAUGGACAACAACAAACAAUGGAGAUGAAGCAAAGGAAGAGGAAGAGGAAGAGAAGAAGAAGAAUUCUUCAGUGUUUCAAGGAGUUAGAAAACCAGGGAUAAGUAUAAAGAAGUAUUUGGAGCGCAUCUUCAAGUAUGCAGGAUGUAGUCCAGCAUGCUUUGUUGUGGCUUAUGUCUACUUAGAUCGUUUCACUCGACACUGUCCAAAUCUCUCCAUCGACUCUUUCAAUGUUCAUCGUCUUCUCAUCACUACCGUCUUGCUUGCAACUAAGUUCUUGGAUGACAUAUACUACAACAAUGCGUACUUUGCAAAAGUCGGAGGAAUUAGCAUGGCAGAGAUGAACUUACUGGAAAUCAAUUUCUUAUUUGGGAUUCAAUUUGAAUUGAAUGUUGCUCCCAGAGUGUUCAGCUCUUAUUGCUCCAUUCUGGAGAAUGAAAUGAGCUUUGAAUCCCCCAAUGCGGGUCCCAGGUUGCACUGUUUCUUAUCAGAAGAAGAAACAAACAUCUGCAAACAGAAGCAACUGGCUCAGAGUAACAGCAAGACAACAACGCAGUGUUCUUAGUUUGUUUAGAAAAUUAAAAACAUUUUGUCCCAAUUCAUGAGGACCUGGAGAGCUUCACUUCAGUCUUCUUUCUUCUCUGAUUGUCCUUGCCAUACCUGGCUUUGAUUCUCUUGUGUACAGACUGGAUUGUACUCAUUGUUCCUUGUUGAAUGUUGAUAGUGAGAACUUUUGUUC